AUGAUCUCGGCUGGCAUAUUCGUGUGCCUUUGUUUGGUCUCGGCCUUCAAUUAUUUUCGCACACGUCGACAGCGUAAAUUUAUUGCGAAUCUCAAAGGACCGUUUACCUUUCCACUUGUGGGAUCUGUAUACAAGAUUGUCUUCCUAACGCCAAGGAACUUUUUCCAGAGCAGUGCCAAGUAUCUCUCGAAAUAUGGAACUCUCAGUCGUUGUUGGCUUUUUCAUAGACUCUUUAUACCCGUCGCUGAUCUUGAGCUGGCAAAGCAGCUGCUCCACAGUGAAUCACACCUAGAAACGGGCUAUGACUUGAUGAGGGAUUGGCUGGCAGACAGUGUGCUCAUGUGUCCAUCCGAUCAAUGGCCUCUGCGACAUCAGCGUUUGGCAGCGUUCUUUCAAAAGGACAAGAUGUUGCAGCUAAUAAAGCUACUGCAAGAACAGGCGGAGAAACCAUAUCCAGAAUUGGUAGCACAAGCAGAAACUCGACAAGUUUUUAACGUGUGGCCAAUUGUAUCAGCCAAGGUGUUAGAUUUUAUAUUGGCCACCACUUGUGGAGUACAUUCAAGCGAACAGUAUAAAAAGGCAUUUGCUGACCUUACGAAACUUUAUCGUAAUCGUUUUUUAAGCAUUAAGUCGGCCAAUCGCUUAAUCUUUUGGCUGUCAUCUCCAUUUACGCGAAGACGUCAGCUGAAGCUCAUCAAACGCAUUAACGAGGAGAAUAAACGGAUUUUGGAAGAAUGUCGACAACAGAAGGUGGAACGAAUUCAGGUCAAGAAUGAGGGUAUUAAUAUAGAGCGCAUUGAGCCGACUGAAAGACUUGAUCAUCAAUCGCUAAUCGAUGUGCUGAACGGAAGCGAGAAUCUGUCGGAUGAUCAGCUCCUUGCCGAGCUGAACACCUGUAACUUUUUGGGUUAUCUUUUGUGCAGUACGACCCUCUGCUUUGCCCUGAUCCUCAUUGCCCGGCAUCCCUCAGUGCAACAAAGAUGUCUGGAGGAACUACGCAUUGCACACAGUGAGAAGGAAGAGAAUCUACAGGGAAUGUCUUACCUGGAUGCUGUUUUAAAGGAGACCUUACGCCUGCAUCCGCCACAACUAAUUGUGGGUCGUGAACUUAGCAAGGACUUUCCAUACACACACUCAAAGGUGGGCGAUGCUGCUCUUCCCGCAGGCUCUGAGGUUUAUAUCAAUCUCUACGAAAUGCAGCGCUCUGAGGAAUAUGGCCAAAAUGCCAAACAAUUUCAGCCAGAACGAUUUUUGGGCAAUUCUCCCGAGCUGCUCAGCUUUGGAAUGGGUCCUCGUAGCUGUCCCGCCCAGCAGUUCAGCCUAAUGCUGCUCAAAUCCUUGCUGGCUCCGCUGUUGCUGAAGUUCGAGUUGCUUCCCCAUGGCGAUGCAGUACGUCAGAAUUUGCAGCUGUCUCCUGGCUCACGCAAUGGCUUUCAAUUGGCAGUGAAAUUACGUUAAUAUCAAAUAUUUAAUAAAGUAGCUCAUACCGUU